AUGCUUCUAACUGUACUCCGCAACAGCGUAAACGGCUCAAAAGCGCUGGAGCCACCGGAGACCCCUGCCCCUGUCUUCGCCAUUCGCGCCUUCAAGAGCGCUCUCUUUGGAACUCCGGGGGCGGACGACGACGAGAAUAGCCAGCAGGGGCCGAUUACGAAGAAUCCUGCAGCUAGUGUCCGGCAGGACGACGUUGAUUCGCAGAAGCUCCUUGCGACCGGAAACGGAACAAAUGCUCCUAUGGCUACAGCGGCAGAUGUUUAUACGGCUGUGAACGCGAUGGCUUCUCCCACGAAGAGUAUCCUCGUCACCCCCGGCACUGCAUCCAACAGGCGAAAAACGGUUUCGUUUGGCGAAAGUGUUGUUGAUAAUGAGCGCAAGCGGGCGGAACCAGCUACCAGACCAUCCAGAACCCAAACCGUUCCGUCCGGUAGCCUUAGCAGUCAAUGGUCCUCUAGUUCAUCAAACGGCAAAUCUAAACCACGAAGCCGACUUACUCAAGCUUUGAUGGAUUCCCGUGAAAAUACUUCUAUCAUCGAUGCGAGCCCUCCGCGAAAGGUUAAUCAGAGCCUUCCACCGGCUGAAUCGAAGGACAUUCCGACCUCGCCAGAAGAAGAUCCUAGCGACGACACUGUCAAUUUGAACGAACCACGAUCUCAAUCUGGCAAAUACUGGAAAGCCGAAUUUGACAGCUAUCGAACAAAAACUACUCGCGAAAUUCGGAAGUUGAUUCAGUAUCGCUCUGCGGCGAAAUCAUACGCCAGGAAAAAGGAUGAGGAAGCCGUGCGGCUGGCCGAAAAGCUCAAGGAAGAGGAGGUCAAAGUUUCCGAGAUGGAGCGCCAUGUCACACAGCUCGCCUCCACCAUGGUAACUGAGAAAUCCCAUCCGGACAAGGAGAAACUGGUGCAGGAUCUCACCAAGCAGACGGCCUUGGCGCUGCAAUAUAAACAUCGGGUGGGUUUGUUGCGCAAACUCUUGGAACGGCACGGGGUUGUCGGGAGCGAAAUCGAUGAUAUUCCCGGAUCCCCUGAUCUGAAUGAAACUCGCGCGGUCACUGGGGAUGAGCUUCGUAAAACCCAGCAGGCACUGGAUCAGGCGAAUGCCAAGAUUGCGGAGAUAAACCUGCAGCAAUCUGAGUUCACGAACCUGAGGGAUCUGGCCCAGAGCUCGGAGAAGAAAGCGUCAGAGUUGGAAAAGGAAAAUGUCAUGCUCAAACAAACCCUGGCACGGGUUAAGCAGGAAAUGACCAAGUAUGAAGCGCGGCGCAAAGAAAAGGAAGCAAAACUCAAGCAAAGAGAAACAAGGUUGGAGACACGGAUCCAAGAAUAUCGGGAACGUCUCAGGACCGCUUCUCAGCAGCAUCGCGAACUAGAAGACGACUUGAAAGCAUCUUUUGAUGAGGAGCGACGCCAUAUGCAAGAGCAGAUUGACUUACUAAGUUUGAAAGUAGCAACACUUGAGCGGCUACCAGAGCUCCGUGCGCGGAGACGCACCUUGGACAGCCCUCGCAAAAAUUACCCCGGAGUCGAAGUAUGCGACUUUGCGCACCCCAGUCCUCACAGAGACCCCAACCGACAUGACGAGACGACUGACGUGGAUGAGCCACUGAGUCCCAGUCCUCGUGCCAAAGACAGACGCUCCCUCGGCCCAAGAACUGCCCUAGCUGAGAUCGAUGUGAAAAAGGCCAGCAAGGGGCUGGGUCUUGAUGACAAUAGCAACAAUGAGCGAUUAAUGAACAUGGGACAUUACACGCAUAAAGCCCCAGAAUCCCAUUUUCACGAUGACGAAGACCCUGUUCCACCAUCCUCGCCUCCCGAUAUCCCAUCUUUCGAGCCCACUACUCGGACGCGUGCCGCAAAGCAAAAGUACCAGCCAGACAGUUAUCGGCCAUACCUACCAUCUCAUACAACCAUGACCUCCCUGGCGCAUCGCCUAGCAAACAUGGACGAUAGUCAACGAGUCCACUCUGAACGCCUUCGCAGUCGCCGCUCUACCACAAGAUAUAGCCUCGAUGCUCUAUCAGCCCUACCUGAAAAACCUCUAAUGGACCGGCCGAGAAAAAGACAGAGUCUCAAUGCAGUUCAACGAGGUUAUAUACCUAUUGAGCGCAUGAUCGCCGCCCAAGCCCGGCUCAAGCACAAAAAUGAAAGCCGCAAGAGCAGAGAUGACGGCAAGGAGAAUAUCCAGGCAUACAACUCUUGA